AUGUCUGGUGCUAACAGUGACCUUCUACAUAGAUCAACCCUGAGUGUUUAUAAUAACCUCAUGGAUCAAUUUAAUCCUGGUUUGCAAAAGCUGGUUACUUUAGGAAACAGCUACAUCAAGGCUUUUCAAGCCUUGGCACUGACGAGUGAGGCCUACUUCAGUUUUCUUGCUAAAAUGGGUGAGCAAGCUCUCAACACAUUGUCGUCCAGACCACUUGGUGACGUGCUGAUUGAGAUAUCAGAAAUGCAGCGGAAACUGACAGCUGAGGUGGAGGGCGUGUUUCGCUGGUUCCAUGUGGAGGUUCUGCAGGCCAUGGACAAGAACGUGAAGCUAGAUGAGGAGUACAUUGAAGGCAGCCGUAGAGUAUAUGAAUUGGAGGUGAGGAAUCAGGCUGGAGCACUGGAGAGACAGUUGAGACGUGGAGCUUUCAGAGACACACUGGAGGGCAGUGAGUAUAUGCAGUACCUGAGGCAGAGCCAGCAUGAAAUUCUCAAAGAGGAAGAAAGGAGGUAUCGUUUCCUGGCCGAGAGACAUUGCGGACUUACACAGUCGCUACUGUACCUUAUCAGCAAGACUGGAGUAUCUCUGCAGCAGAGAGCAGAUGGAUGGAAAGAAAGAGUCAGUGAGAGUAGAAUUUCGAGACCUCGAACGCCCACUUCAUCAGAUCAAGAGGCUCAGUUAAGGAGUUCUCUGGGCUCUCUGCUGCAGACUGGAGACCGAGAAAUGGACCGAGAGCCACUGGGCAGAGUGCCCUCUAGAGCCCCAUCUCCUCUCCCCAGUCGUUCUCGCUCUAGUUCUGUUGGUGAGUCUUUGGGUCUUGGUAGCGGCCGCUCUAUGAUGGCCAUUGCAUCCCACCCACCUUCAUCCAAUCCAGUCCUGCUGCCGUUUUCCCGUGGUGACAUGGUCACUGUACUUAUACCAGAACCCCGGAAUGGCUGGCUGUAUGGACGCCAUGACUCAAGCCUUCGUCAAGGUUGGUUUCCUGCUGCUUAUGUGGCUUCCACUGAAGAUUUUCUACCCCUAGGGUCCAGUGGGGCAUCGCACCGAAGUCACAGCAUGAAUAACCUCCUUGAACCAACCAGCCAAUCAGAAUCUUCAGACACCUUGAUCUAUAACCACAUAACAUCCUCAACAAUACCUAUCCGUCGAGCUUCAGCAGAUCUUCGCCCAGUUUCUCCCCUCCCUGACAAGAAGGUGGAGUCUUCCAAUGACAGCAUGACCAAUCAGAAAACAUACAAUGAAAUCCCACCCCCAGAGGCACCACUCCGCCGGGGAUCAGCUGAUAUUCGUCCGAUAUCUCCUCUGCCUGACAGGAGGGCGGAGUCUCAUUUUGAUAGCAAAUUGGAGCACAAAACAUACAAUGAACUCCCACCUCCUGCUCCACCCCUUCCAAACUCUCCUCUACCUGAACGAAAGGUGGAAACAAGUUUGAAGAGGUCAACUGUUCAUGGACAACCACCAGAGCACCCUCUUUUUCCCAGAGGCUCAAAUCCUUUUGCCACCGUGAAGCUCCGCCCCACAGUUACCAAUGACAAAUCAGCACCACGGAUUCACUGA